UUUCCAAAUCACCAAAACUCAAAUUGUAAUUGUUUUAUCUACCGGAUCGAAGAAUGCAAAUUCGCGUUAUCUUUCUCAUUGGUUUUCUGGCCUCCAAUUGCCAUGGGUUUUCCGAUAUUUCUGAUGAAAAUAUUGAUUAUUAUUCUACAUCUGACAAGGGAGAUUACCGCGUUUAUCGGUCCGCAAAUGAUAAUGAAACAUCUUCUUCUGGUCCUUGCACCGAUACAGUAAUUUACAAACCAGUGGAAUGGCCAUGGUACAUGAUUGCAGCCAUUGCUGGACUAUCAAUUUUAAAUGUUCUUCUCAUAAUUGAAAUUAUUCGAAUUGGCAGGAAAUGGCUCAAACUGAGGAAAGAGUACGUACCUCUGAAAGGGACAAAGAAGGGGCUGAAAAACCAGAAAAAAGGCAAGAAGAGCAAGAAUAGCAACAACACCAAGUCUACGGAUAAUACAGGCGAUAAUGCUCAACCGGAUGAGCAGAAGCAACAAAAACUGGAAAGCAAGGAAAACGUUCCGGAUCAAUUGAUGUCAAAAUGAGAGUUGUACCCCGGUUUUAACAAAAACCGGAAUAAACUGAAUAAAAUGUUAUUUUA